GAGAACUGGUCUACACAAAAUGCAUAAAUAAAUCUUUAAAAAGAAAGAAAGGCGGCUUCAAGAAGCCCCGCCCUGGACUCUGAGGACACACUCAGAGCUGCUCAGAACCCGUGUCCACUUUAGACCAGCAGUGGCCACAGACAGCCACUGUUUACAGUUUGGUCUGUACGGUUUACCAGUCAAGGAUGAGGGGCUUAUGUAGGUGGGGACCCACGAGCAAUAUGAUGUUGGGGACCACCGCCUUUAUGCUCCAAUAAAGCCAAAUAGUCCCCCUCCCAGGGAACUCAUUGGUCGAUGUGUUAUGAACAAUUGCCUUCAAAUGCAGUUGCUAUAUUUCAAAUUGCAUCAGUUCAAAGAAUAGGAAUUUGUGUUUUCGCUGUGUAUCUUUGACUUUUGUUUAUUGGUUCUCAAAGCCCCAAAUCCCUACUUCCUAUCCCAUCUCUCUGCUCCUCUGUCCAGAUUCAACUGACCCCAGCAUCACAGUCCCUUAUCUGCCUCCUCCUGGACCUGUACCGCUGCCCUUGGGAUUAUCGGAGCCUACAUCUCGGUGCCCAUCCUGCCUUCUCCCUUCUCAUCCCGCUCAUCCCGCCGCGCCGCCCCCCUCCCUCACAGAGGAGUAUGUCCCGGGGAUCUGGAGCUGUCCUGCCUCUGGCAGGCAGCUCCCCCUCUCCACUGCUCCCCUCUUUCUUCUAAGUCCCCGCGGGAGCCAAGGCCAGCGUGGGUGGCUGAAAUCUCCUCGGUAACGGGAUCUGCCUCUCCCUCUCCCGGCCUCCGCCCCUAACCUGCUGCCCCUCAGUCUGGCACCUACUGUCCAGCCCUCAGCCCCUCCUCCCGUCCCCUCCUGGCCCCUCCCGCACCCUCCUGCUCCCCCCCCUGCUGGCUCUCCAUGUCACCAUCUGUGGCACAAUCCUUCUCUGUCACUGUCCCUACCACCCCCUCUUUCUCCUUCCUCCUGCCUCCCUCUGUCCCUGGCUUUUUCUGCGUCUUUCCCGGCUCCUCCGUCUGUCCGUUCUCUCCUCUCCUCUUUCCUCCUCUGUCCCUUCUCCUUGCCAGGGAUCUCUCCUUACUCCCCCUCGUUCUGCCUCUCCACCCACGCACUGUCUCCUCUCCCUCUCCUGUCUCUCCACCUCCGACCCACCCCUCCUUUUCUGAUUUCUACUGGCUUCUUAUGUCCCCUGCUCUCUUCACAUUCCUGUCACCUUGGGAAGGGACUCCUGCCGUCCCUCACUGGGUGUCUCUUGAAGACCCCAUUCUGUGUCCUGGAGAUCGGGGAUAACGUAGGAGGUGCAGGUGGGAAGUGAGGGCUGGGGACCAGAUGGGAGAGGCAAUGUGGGUUGACGUGGCCGCUGAGGGCCCAGGAAGGGGCCAGGAAGGGCCCGAGCACUGGAGGAGUGGGCACCGUGUGGGACCCCAGCUGGUUGGCUAGUGGUGCCUGGCUGCAGAAUGUUACCUAGUUUGGUGACUACAAAGGGAGCUCUUGCCCUGUGGGCAGAAUCUUGGCGCCUCCUCCAUACAGCAGAAUGUCAGAACUGGACCAGGCCAGAUGCAUGCUGCUGUCCGUGUCUGCGUGGCGGUGCUCGUGAGCGCCCCUUCGUGCUGGGAGUGGCCCCCUCCGCCUUUGCAGCAACUCUGGGAGGCCAGGACUAGUUGAUUGCUGACCGACUUCUCUUUGGCCAUGGCCACUGCUGCCUACCCUCCAUCAGUGCCCACAACCUCGGACCCUGGGAACACAUCCUCAGCCUGGCCCCUGGAUGCUAGCCUGGGGAAUGCAUCAUCUGCUGGAGCUAGCCCGGCGGGCCUGGCUGUCAGUGGCAUCUUGAUCUCUCUGGUGUACCUGGUGGUGUGCGUGGUGGGUCUGCUGGGCAACUCGCUGGUGAUCUAUGUGGUACUGCGGCACACGGCCAGCCCAUCGGUGACCAGCGUCUACAUCCUCAACCUAGCGCUAGCCGACGAGCUCUUCAUGCUCGGGCUACCCUUCCUGGCUGCUCAGAAUGCCCUGUCCUACUGGCCCUUCGGCUCUCUCAUGUGCCGUCUGGUCAUGGCCGUGGAUGGCAUCAACCAAUUCACCAGCAUCUUCUGCCUCACCGUCAUGAGUGUGGACCGCUACCUGGCGGUGGUGCACCCCACGCGCUCUGCCCGCUGGCGCACGGCCCCUGUGGCCCGCACAGUCAGUGCAGCCGUCUGGGUGGCCUCGGCCGUGGUGGUGCUGCCUGUGGUUGUCUUCUCAGGGGUGCCCCGGGGCAUGAGCACGUGCCACAUGCAGUGGCCAGAGCCAGCGGCUGCUUGGCGAGCGGCCUUCAUCAUCUACACGGCGGCACUGGGCUUCUUUGGGCCGCUGCUGAUCAUCUGCCUGUGCUACCUGCUCAUUGUGGUGAAGGUGCGGUCGACCGCACGGCGCGUCCGGGCGCCGUCCUGCCAGUGGGUCCAGCCCCCUUCAUGCCAGCGGCGGCGGCGUUCUGAGCGCCGGGUCACACGCAUGGUGGUGGCCGUGGUGGCGCUCUUCGUCCUCUGCUGGAUGCCCUUCUACCUGCUCAACAUCAUCAAUGUGGUGUGCCCGCUGCCCGAGGAGCCCGCCUUCUUCGGCCUCUACUUCCUGGUGGUGGCACUGCCCUACGCCAACAGCUGUGCCAAUCCCAUCCUCUACGGCUUCCUCUCCUACCGCUUCAAGCAGGGCUUCCGCAGGAUCCUGCUGAGACCGUCGCGCCGUGUACGGAGCCAGGAGCCAGGGUCCGGCCCUCCGGAGAAGACGGAGGAGGAGGAAGAGGAUGAAGAGGAAGAAGAGGGGCGGGAAGAGGAGGAGCGCAGGGCUCGGAGGAGGAAGGAGAUGAACGGAAGGCCCGGUCAGAUUGCACAGCCUGGCGCCAGUGGACAGGAGCCCAGCACAGGGACUGCCCAGGAGCAGCAGUUUCUACCCCACGAGGCCACAGCUGGGGACAAGUCUGGCACCCUGAGCCACCUGUAAGGACUUCAAAGGAUCAGCGUGGCCCAGAGAAGGGCAGAGGCUGUGCCUGGCCUAGGGACAUGAGUGCCAGCCACAUGCGGUGGUCUGAGAAAGCAGCGGCUGAAGUGACUUCAUUUACACAGCGGUCCCGACUGUCUUUGGGCCACCGAGGUACCAGGGUCCAGUGAUGGAGUGUUCAGAGGCCUGGGUUCUGUCCCCCAGUGCUAGGACUUGCUGUGUGAGCUUCGGCAGGUCAUUCGCCCUCUCUGGGCCUUGCUUUCUUCUUCUGACUCAGGGAUGGGUAUAAUGAGGCCUGGAUGGCCCUGUCAUAAGAGGGGUCUGGAGGGUAUCAUUGCUGGGGGUACUUUUCUGAGCAGGGGCCAAGCUAAGGUGAUGUAGGCAGGCUGACCAAGAAGCAAGGUGUCUUGGGGGUCAGUCUGUAUAUUGGCCCUCAGGGAUGCACCAGGCUUGGGGAGCCAGGGAUACCGGUGGCUGAAGCCCAAAGGAAGCGUAAAUUGGGAUGGCACUGCUUGGGACUCAGGUCAGCCCUUCCCAUGCCGCUGAGUGGCCUUGGCCACUCUGUUCCUGCCUAGGCUUCCUACCUCUCCUGCUGGACAGCCCAGUGUCCUCCAGGCCCUCAUCCCAAUGUCUCAGUACUGGGCCUCCUGUGCUCCUGGGCGCGAGGGAAAGACAUUUUCAGAAGGCAGAUGAAGCCAAGCUUGGGGGUUCUCACGCUUGGGCUCCUCUGGGGCCUCCAUCUGACUUAUGCUUCUAAUUUUGUGUUCCUAUUGUGGGGGAGGGACCUCACAAGGCACCCGCAGCCUGACUCACCCUAUUUAGGUCAGGUAACUGGUCCCUAGGGCAGAGACUGUGCGGUAGCCUAAGGGGAGGAGAGAUAGGAAAAGGAUGACCAAGAUGAAGGAGAGGGAGCUGAGACCGUAGGAAGGGGAAGGGGAGGGGGAGGGGGGAAGGGAGAGGAUGGAGCUGUGCAGUGACCUCCAGCCAAACUUUGCCCCUUGGGCUAAGCUCAGUUGCAGCACCAGCGGUGAUCAGGAAAGGUCUAGGCAGGGCCCCUGGAGGGUCUGUGGCCCUGGUGAGAGGUACGCAGGCCACAGUGGGAGAUCCUGGGGGUGGGCUUGGCUACUCAGGGCGAUAGGGAGGGGUGGUAAGCUCCUGGUGGGGGUCAGACCUCCCCAUCUUCUGUGUUCCCUGGGGCUCCAGAUGUUGCAAAGAGGCCAAAGGGCUGCCAUGGGGCGUGGCCACUGCCCCAGGCUGGGCUGGGACUCUACCCUCCCCCUCCCAGAGAUGACCCUUUCUUGGUUCUAACAAAGCUGGCCCUGGAGAGGUGGGAGUUUCUACCUAAACCCUUACCCUACUCUGCAAAGGUAAGGUCCUCAGGGAACCCACAAAUCCAGAAGCCGAGAAACCCGGACCUUUUAUUCACUUCAAGCAGCUUAGCAGGCCCUCCAUCUCUGAGCCUCAGCAUCCUCGCCACAGGCGUGGAUAUAGUUCCCCAGAUCACCAGUCUGUUGGAAUCCUGCAGGGAACUGAGUCACGCUGGGUAAGCCGCUGCCCACCACAGUGGGGCUUCCUACGGGAUAUAAAGUGGAGGUACCCCCAACUCAGGCUCAGCCCGCGUCCUGCCCAUCCAGUGAGUUGUCUCUGUGUCAGCUACUGGGGUGGAGGUAUUAAUGAGAAAUCGGGUGCAGAAGCUCAGAGGUCAAGGGUCAGAGAGAAUGCAGGCCACCUCAGGAGGAGGAAGUCUGCAGUGCAACCUUCCGGGGUGGCACAGGGGAGCUGUGUCUUGCUAAGGGGUGCGGAUGGCCACCUGGGAAAUCCUUCUCUGCUUCUGACCCUGGCUCCUGUCAAUAAAGAUAGUGACUGAGCCGUU